CCACUGCUACUACUACUACUAUUAAUACUACAGUACUGCAGCUCUACUACCACUAAUGCAGUACUGCAGCACUGCAGCUCUACUACCACAAAUACAGUACUGAGGCUGUACUAACACAUUACUGCAGCUCUACUCCACUAACAGACAAAUCCUAAUGAACCAAAGUUAAACAGUUGAAAAAAAAGUAAAACAUAAUCCAAUAUUAUUAUCUUUUGUAAUUACAUAGUGGUAUAAUCCAUUAUUUUAAGAAGGGUAUUUCAUCCCGUAGUUACAUAAUUUAAUUUAUUGAAAUUAUUAUUUCUGUAAAACAUCAACAUAAAGCAGACUGACUUUGAUAAAUGUCAUAGAAAACAAAUUUUCAUUGUUAACGGAUCUUAUGAAGGGGUAUUGAAGGAGCCUUAAUGUCUUAUGUUUUGUCCGGCUCUUAAAGUUACAAGCUCUCAACCAGGAAAAUAAUUUCGUACAAUCAUCCGUUCAUCAGUCGAGAACGUAGUCGCUUCAGUUUCUUCAGUUUGAUUUUACAAGAAUUAACUUCCUUCGAACAGUUAUUUGUAGAGCACCAUGAAAAUAAUAUUUGUUGCAGUCAUAUGCUUAUGUAUCCUUGAGAUAGCACUCGUGGACGGUUUUUGGAGGCGUCGAAGACGACGACGCCGCCGAUCGUGCUCUGCUGUGAAUUGCGCGUGGGGUGACUGGCAGGAAUGGGGUGCCUGUUCUAUAACUUGUGGAAAUAACGGCGAGCAAACAAGGAUUAGAACCAAAGUAGAUCUGCGUCUUGUGGAGGCGCAGCGUGUACUGGUCCGAGUCAGGAACAGAGAGUCUGUUCACCUGGGUGUAUUCGUGGAACAGCGGUGGAAGGAGGUUGCGAAUGUCCCUUCACAUACACCGGCAACUGCUGCGAACAGUUAAUUGAAGAAAACAACUGCGCCAAUCGAUUUACUCUCGUUCAGCCGUGGCGAAGCACCAACAACCAGCAGUUAUCCGGCCAAGAAUGUGAUUCAAACGCCCUGAUGGCAUACUGGUAUCAAUUUACCGGUAAUGGUGGCAACAAAAUGCCAACUACAUGUGUUGUUGCUGACCGAUGCGGAGUGCACAGUCCAAUAUGGAUGAAUGGAUCUCAUCCGUCUGUUGAUAACGGUAUAGUAACCAAACAAGUUUGCAAGAGUCUAAGCACUGAUGGUGUGACAAAUUGUUGCGAGUGGUCCUCCAACAUUAGAGUAAAACACUGUGGCGAAUAUUUCAUCUACUCUCUUCCAAAACUCAAUGCUUGUGGGUCAGGUUUUUGCGCAGGUAAUACAUCUUUAUUAUCAUUAAUAAAUAUUUGAAUACUAAUUCUGUACUCGGUUUAUUCUAGAGGGUGAGCUGGCUUUGCUCACGCUUAGUAUGUGAACGUCGCGACAAGUUUU